AGAAGGCACUCGUUUUGCACACAUGAAGCAGGUGGAGCAAUGUUAUCGUAGAGCAAUAUUGGUGGAAGGAAGUUAGUGCUUUUGUCGAUUUGUGGAGAAUUAUAAACAUAUUCCACUGUCAAUGUAAUAUAUUGUAUUAGAAUUAUGGCAGGGGUGUUUGAUAUAGAAAUACCUGAUGGGGAACUUGGACAAGAUGUUUCAGAUGAUGAUGCCAUUGAAAUUGAGGAGGGUGAUUAUGAUCAGGACCCCAAUGUGAAUGCUAUUAUUGAGUCAGAAGACUUAGAAACAGUUCAGCUGUCAGAACAGAAUGUGAAUACUGGCAAGGAGAAGACAGGACCUCAAGAUUUUGAACUGCGCAAAGUUUUGGGAAAGGGCGGGUAUGGAAAAGUGUUUCAGGUGCGGAAAGUCACUGGGCAAGACACUGGAACCAUAUUUGCUAUGAAAGUUCUACGUAAAGCGUCAAUUGUACGCAACCAGAAGGACACUGCCCACACCAAAGCAGAGAGGAAUAUUCUUGAAGCUGUAAAGCACCCUUUCAUCGUAGACCUGAUCUACGCAUUCCAGACAGGUGGAAAACUCUACUUAAUUCUGGAAUAUCUGAGUGGUGGUGAGCUUUUUAUGCACCUGGAACGGGAAGGGAUAUUUUUAGAAGACACAGCUUGCUUCUACCUAUCAGAAAUAAUACUAGCACUUGAACAUUUACAUAUACAAGGAAUUAUUUAUAGGGAUUUGAAGCCAGAAAACAUACUGUUGGAUGCACAAGGGCAUGUUAAACUAACGGACUUUGGCUUGUGUAAAGAACAUAUCCAGGAAGGCAUUGUGACGCACACAUUUUGUGGUACCAUUGAAUACAUGGCCCCAGAAAUCCUUACUCGUAGUGGCCAUGGAAAAGCAGUCGAUUGGUGGUCACUAGGUGCCCUUAUGUAUGACAUGCUAACGGGUGCGCCACCAUUUACUGCAGACAAUAGAAAGAAGACAAUAGAGAAGAUACUGAAAGGAAGGUUGAACUUACCGCCAUAUCUCACACCAGACGCCCGGGAUCUCAUACGAAAGUUGCUAAAAAGACAGGUGAUCCAGAGGCUAGGCUCAGGUCCUAGUGAUGGAGAAGCUAUCAAAGUUCAUCCCUUCUUCAAGCUCAUAAAUUGGGCUGACGUCUUAGGUAGAAAGUUAGAACCACCAUUCAAGCCUGCAUUGGCAGGAGAGGAUGAUGUUUCACAGUUUGAUACCAAAUUCACAAAGCAAACUCCAAUAGACUCUCCAGAUGAAUCAACUCUCAGUGAAAGUGCAAAUCUUGUGUUCCAGGGCUUCACGUAUGUGGCUCCGUCAGUGUUAGAGGAGAUGUACAAACCUCCACGUAUAGUGAAAGCUCGCUCCCCACGAAAAUCGGCUUACCCCACACCUGCAACGGCUCUGCGUAAUCCGUUUAGUCCUCGGCAUCACCUCUCACCUGCUUCUGGCUUUACAUUUGGAAGCCACAACUUGGGGUCACCACUUGACAGUGCCAGCUGUCAAGAAGAAAUGAUGGAAAUUCAGGGCCUACCUCAUGUAUAGCGUAGGUUUGAGUGUAGACGCAACAAUUUGAAGAAGACAUUAUGUUUGAACAUGUGGUUUUGUUGUGCAGAGCUUCAGUCUUUUUUUUUUUU